UUAAAAUUGAAUUUUUCAGAGUGAAUUAUAUAAUGUAAAAAAUUCACUGGUAGAAGAAAGCUGUAAUAGAAUAGGUGUUGCCAUUGGAAUGGCGUGGUCCCCAGUCGGUGGGAAGGUUCAAAUUAUUGAAGCGACUAAAUUGUACUCGAGUAAUGAGAAAAAUCGGCUAGUCUUGACUGGUUUAGCUGGCCAGACUCUAAAAGAAUCAGUUAUAAUAGCACAGCAUUGGAUACAAUCGUUUGUAAAAAAAAACGAAGUUAACAUAGACAAUUUCUGUGUUCAUGUUCAUUUACCUACAGGAGGAAAUCGAAAAGAUGGACCUUCUGCUGGAAUUACAAUUGUUUGUGCAUUAAUCUCUCUUUUCUGGAAAAUACCUUUGAGGCCAAUGAUUGCCAUGACAGGAGAAAUAUCAUUGAAUGGAUAUGUAUUGCCUGUGGGUGGCGUGAAAGAAAAAAUUUUAGCGGCCUAUAACUCAAAUAUUAAAACGAUCAUCAUACCUGACCAUAACAUGAAAGAUUUAAAAACAAUACCUAACAAUAUCAGAGAGAAUUUAAAUAUUAUCCCAGUGAAACAUUUAGAGGAAGGAUUGGAUAUUGUUAUUCCUGGAGGAUUGGCAACACUGAAAAAUCCAUUAGUUACAACGAUGGAAAUAUGUAAACUUUAGUCCAAGAAUAAUAUAAAUAUUAUUCAUUAUUGUUUUUAUUAUUUUAAUCGAUACAAUAUGGCAUAAGUUGUGUCAAAUUUUAGGCUUUAUCCGUCUCAU